AUGGCUACUGAGCCACAUCCCGAGGGACUAGACUGGCUAUCGGGCUACUGUAUCCCUACGAUCCAGAUUCCUUACAAGGCAGGUGCUUAUGUGUAUCUUACGCAGAGCUGGUACUAUGAAUUCCUCCAGUAUCGCGAAACAGUCGAGCCGGAUUCCGGCACCAAUCAAGCCUCAGUCGACUGGGGUUCUGAUACGUGCACGGCGGGAAGCAGGUCCUCUAGCCAACUAGAUGGUAUCGCGCCCGACAUUCCAGCAGAUGGUGCAGACUGUGGUGGCAGUCCCAAGGAAAUGGCGGAUGCCUUGGUUUGCAUGGGUGCUGGGGCGGGAUCGCAUGAUAUGCCUUGCGAUGACUUCUCGAAUGGCAAUGCAGGAGUAGAGCUGGGUACAUUGUCCCAAGUGUAUGAACUCGAUAUCGCGCACGCGGUGGAACAUCUGCUGUUUAUGGGAACUGAGAAGUACCCAGAGGAGAACGCCUACAACCAAUAUCUGACACGCUACGGCGGAUAUCCGAAUGCCUUCACAGCCUCUACCUCAACCAUGAUCACAGAGCAAGGCAACGACCGCACACUUCCACCGUCAACGGAAUCGUAUCGUCGUAUUUCAGAAAGUCUACGCGAAGCGGGGAAGAAAGCAUUAUUUGCGGCACUUGAUAGAGAAGAAGUAGCUACGGAAGGCGACCACGUGAAAGGGCGCCGCCGAGGUCUUCCGCUACUUCUCGAAGCCCAUGGUGGACAACAAGAGAUUAUGACCUGCUACGACACCGGAACACACGAUAACCACAUAUCACGUGCCAAAGCAAUCGAGUUGGGAUAUACCAUCGAGCCGAGUCCCGAUACAAAAGCAGGCUUUCAGCUCCCCAAUGGCAAGGUCAUCAAGGCCGUGGGUCAAAUCUUUGUAGCGGUUCAGUUUGCGAAACGUGUGGGUCCAGAGGCAGCUUCCAUGGUCUGCCGUUUCAACGUCUUCGAAAAGCUGGCUUCGCCAAUACUCAUCGGCAUGACAUUCCUGAAAGCUACACAGACCAUUACGAAAUACACGUCACGUAUGGUAAAUUUACCGCCGACAUGGAAGCGCUCGCUGCGUCUGUGUGCGGUAGGUAGUGCAACGAAUCAAGUUGCAUGCAUCAUUGAUGGCCGAAAAGUAACUGCGUAUGCGGACACCGGAUCGGAGAUCGCCUUGAUCAGUGGCCCGUAUGCUAGGGAACGAGGUUUCUCAAUCAGUCAAGGUUGUGAGGAGCUUGAGCUGGCUGAUGGGUCACUCGAAUACACUAGCGGAUUCGCUGACUUGGACAUCCGUGUUUUGAACCCCGACGAUUGGGAAAAGUGUCCCCGUUCGAAAUCGAAGUGGAAGUUAAACCCGAUAUCAGAGAUAGAGUCGACGAUGAUCCGAUUCCAUGUUUUGGAGGGCCUCCAAUUCGAUGUGAUACUGGAUGAAGAGGCCACGGACAUCUUGAAUAUUUUCCAGGGGGGCUUUGCGACCAUUUUAUCUGCUGCAUCCAGUUUCAUAUCCGGUAUAUGUCCCAUCAUUCACCUGAGGUCCGUGGAAGCUUCUCUUGCGAAGGCAAAAGAGAGAAUGGGAGAGAGGACCAAGGAUUUAUACACAUCGAUCCGCUCCAAGUGUACUUCAAUAGUCUCGAAGACUGCGUUCUCAGCGGGAACUGCAAAUGCAGGUAAGAAGGAAUUCCCCUUGAUACCACUAUGUUCGUUCUGA